GGCGUCCGUGUGACAGCGUUCAGUCGGCGGUGUAACACGGAGGGUUUUCAUCCGGUGCAGCAGGGAAGCCUUUCUUCUCCCGAGCAGGAUUUCUAUCCUGUGGUUUGAUGCAGGCAUGAUUUUUCUCGGCUUGGUUUUGCUACAGAGGACCAUGGAGACCUCCGAAGGCAUCGGUCAUGCUCUCUGGUGAGGGCGUGACUGGGAGCGAGAGUUGUAAAGUCCCCAGAAUUACAUCACAUGGAGGUCAAAGGUCAUCUGAUCACAUCCAUGGGUUUGGGGGCUCCUGAUGUUCAAGGCUGCCAGGACAGCAAGCUGCAGGCGGAGCGGGUUGCAGCGCUGCAGGAGAGGAAGCAGGCCCUGGAGGCUCUGCUCAACUCCAGAGUGGGAGAGCUCAAACAUGUGUGUCUGCAGGAAGCUGAGCUGACUGGGAAGCUUUCACUUGCUUUCCCCCUGGAAACGGGAGAGAAACCCCCAGUGGUGCAACGCAGAGCUGGCCUGCCGCCCAACACCAAGGCAGAGGAUGAGGCUGCCCAGAGAAAGCAGAUGAAGGCCAUCUUCACCGGGGCUCUGUACAGACACUCGGAGUCCGAAAGAAAUAUCCCAAACAGCAAGAGGACGGUUCACCGGGGCUGUCACACAGAGGACACUGUCAUGUCAGAGAGUACAAGCUCCAUGUCAGACUCAACAUCCCAUGACAACGAGUCUUCUCCCAGCGUUGUAGCGGACCAGCGCUCUCUGUCUCAGCCCCGGCUCACAGUGGGGAGCCCCGACCACAGGAUCAGCAGGAAGCUGUCACCAGUCGAGAUUUACUACGAGAUGAGGACACGCCGCAACUCUGUCACCAGCUCCGUCAGCCCGACUCAUUCUUUGCCGAGAAGUGCGUCCAACAUUGAAGGCAGAAGUGUUCCAGCUACACCUCUGUUAGCUCGCACCGCCCCCAUCAGCGUUCACGUCAGGUCCGAUGGGUCGGCCGGUAACGGGUUGAAGCAGUGGUCUGGCAGCCUGGACGUUCCCUACAUGAUUCCCCUGGCUCAGGAGGGCUCCUCUUCGGACCGCCGCGGCUGCCCGUACAGCUCCCGGGCCCGGCGCAGCAACAGCUCCGAGGCCCUGCUGGAUAGAUCAAGCCUCCCCGACGACCCGGCCCCCAGGAACGGGAUGCCACCCCGAGGAGGGCCCUACAAGAGCUCAGAGACACUGACCGAUGGCAAGCUGCGACACAUCCACCUGGGCAGCCCCGAGAGACACGCUGACGGCAACGUGGAGCAGGCCAAAAUGCGUCUGUCGAUGGGCGACCGAGCGGCAGGCGGAGGGUACAACGAGCUCCUGAUGGACUACAUCUGGGGGAAGCAGCAGAGGAUGCAGCACCACCUGUACCAGUCCACAGGCCGGAUCUGGCAGGACAUACCCUCCCCUCGCUCCUCAACCGCAGCGGUGCCUCCCCACGCCAACGGAUUUUCCCACUCCCAGGUGAACCUCCCCAGCGCCGCGCCUCCUUUCAGCCCUAUGGUGCUCCGGGGGUCCCAAGCCGAGCUGCGCAGGGUCAAAGUCACCAGGACCAAAUCUUGUGGACCCUUUAUUCCUUUGCAGCAACACCCCCAGGACGCCAUCCUGCUGUCAGCGUACGACGCUCCUCUCCCCGCCACCGGAAACACCACGUCCUCCAUCCCCAACCUGCACCCCUACCAGACGGAACUGUCGGGCCCCUCGUUCAGCCGCAGACCCCCUCAGUUCUCCCUCCCGACUCCAGAAGACUCAACCCGGAGCUUGCAUAAAGCCCUGGCUCUGGAAGGACUGAGGGACUGGUACUUGAGGAACGCCCUCGGCUAUCCUCCCGCCGCCUCGAAGGGCAACGAGGCGGGGAUCUCUCGUCUCUCACACCCCCACCCGCUGGUGCACCAGCAGUCAGUCCAGGGUGAAGCAGCCAACCCCCCUCGCUCUCAGAUGCCCCAGUCAGCCAGCUUCCAUGGCCACCCGCUGCAUGGGAGGUCGAUGGAGUUCUCUCUGUAUCAGGAGACUCCUCAUCCACAAAUGCAAGAGGCGACCCCAAAGGAACCCAGUGCAGACCCAGGCACCCUAGUCUGAAGCAGCAGAACACACACACACACAACACACACACACACACACACACACACACACACACACACACACACACACACACACACACACACACACACACACACACACACACACACACACACACACACACACACACACACACACACACACACACACACACACACACACACACACACACACACACCACACACACACACACACACACACACACACACACACACACACACACACACAUACACACACACACACACACACUCUCUACAAACUCAAGCAGAAACACUGUAGCCUCACACAGACAUUCGCCCACACAGACAAGUCGAUACAAUGUGACCUCAACAGCGGAGUAAAACACGGCAACCUCAGCAGAAAGUGACUGGAAUACGUGAUAAACUGUAGCUGUACAGUGUGAAAAAGCCUUGGCUAGUUCCCCGUGUUAUAACUGAUCCUAUAUGGACUUCAUGUGAACGUGCACUGGAGUCAACACAUCUAAUAACAAUAUGGUCAUGCUGUACUUAAUACAUCAAUAUUUCUGGUCAAACACAACCUUAAAAUCCUAAUAACCCUAAAAACACCUGAGAUAUACUUUUUUACAGAAUAUAUACAACUCUAAAUUACUAUUUUGUAUCUUCUGGGAUAUAAAGAACAGCUAUAUUAAAGAGGUAAUUUAUUGCUCAUUAAUCUUGUGAUAUACAAAGAUGAGCUCACCAUCAUUUAAAAAAAAGUAUUAACUCAUGCCAGUGAAUGUGUGUUUGUAGAACUAUAUAAAAAAACAACAUGCUUCAGUCGAUCAUCUGCCGUUUAAUUUCCCAGCCAUUUGUAUUUUCCACGUUUGAUAAAAGAAAGGGGCCAUGAACUCAAGUGUGUGUGUGUAGCAGACGGGAGUGCCUGAAUGUUUUAAAAACCUUGGUUAGAAAACUUUAAAGUGCUUUCUGAUGAUCUCAAAAUGUGAGCGAUAAGCUUUUGUGAGCUUAGUGUAAGCCGAAAAAAACUGAAAGCAGUUUAGGAUGUCACCAAAUUAGGGUUUUUUGGAAUGAUGUCAUUUAUAUCGUGAUCUUUUUUGUUUUAUAGAUUCGGCCAUAAAAUGUAGCUUUCUCUGUGCUGACAGAACAAUUAGACCAGUUUUAGGACGACCCUGAGGGCUGUUGUUAAAGCUACUGGAAGGCAGUAGCACAUGGCUGUAUGACAAUAGUGUAAUCAAACCAGUUUCCCCCUGGGUUUAGUUAUGGAGGAUUUGAGUGUCAUAUGGAGCACUUUAUGAACAUCUUAAGCCUUAAUUCCUUAGAAAAUUGUCACCAAAUGAGACAGCGUUUUUUAAUUGGGGGAGUUAAUAAGUGUCAACAUCUACUGAAGGUCUAUCUGAGUGUUAGUCUGUAUAUAGCGUGGAUUGUACUGAUGAGUUUCAAGCUGAUGUUUAUUCCGGUAUUAACAACAAUAAUCAUUUUUAAACUAACCACAUGAUAAGUAUAUAAUCAGAAAAUCUCCCCCGAAAUACCCCCUUUCUCCAAGUGAGCACUAUUUAAUUGGUUUGUAAAAAAAGUACAGAAUAGGGCUGCAGUUUGAAUGACGGUGUGAGCGGGUCUCAUACCAGUAAAUGUGUUCAUAAGAAGUCAUGCUGGUUGAUUUCUUUUUGUAUCUGUAAUGAUUUCAGCUCAUUUCAUGUGCUUAGACUUAAAAAAAAUAACGUUUCAUGUUUUUAAAUCGUAGUAAUGCAUCAUAAAAUAUGUUUGUUAUCUAAUUAUGCAGUAAAAUCUUCAGAAAGAUCAAAACAUUCUAUGAAAUCCUCAAGGAAACUGAAAGAAUAUGUCUUUAGUCUAGACCAGGCAUGGGGAACCCUCUGCAGUAGCUCCUUGUAGCUUUGAGAAUAAAUAACAGCUAUUUUCUUUUUGUGGCACAGUGGACACUUUUCUAAAAGGAACACUUUUUAUCUUGGAGUUUGAGUUGAUGCUGUGACACUGAAAUAAUAUUAAUAUUCUGUCAGCUAAUAGAUGUGUCACAUCUUUCUACAUCUAUGUAUUGGUGCCUUUCCCUGGAGGUGGCCUAUCCUAAAUUUUAGACCCCGGCCUUGGGAAACUAACAAUGGAUAAAUAAAUAAAAUAGAUUUUUUUUUUUGCUUGUACAGCCAACACUAACUUUAUGGUUGAUGUAAAGUGAGAAAUUAGCAAACCACAAAAAAUGUAACCUUGAAAGACAGAUCCUGAACAUAGACUUUAGUUGUUGCUGUUCAACUAAAGUAACAGGAAAAAAUAGCAAUAGAUUUUCAACAUCUUUCUUUACUGUCAAUCGAUAAGUUCACAGGUGCAACAAACUAGUUUUUAUUAUAUAGUAUAAAUAUGUAUAAAGCUGUGUAUCAAAUUUGUUCGGCCAACCAUUUUUGGUGACAAAGGGGCAAAAUGGCUGUUCUGAUAGUAAAGGUUGCCGACCCCUGGUCUAGACAAAACAUUUUUUACCUCCAUUUAAUGUACUCGAUCUUUGGCCAUAUUGGAACUCAUUUGAAUGUAAUUCUUUGUCAUACGUGAUGUUGUUUUUUAAUCUAAGCUGUAGCACACCGCUGAAUGUUUCCCGGUUUCUUGGCCAUGUUCAGUAUCCAUCUUCAUAGAGCUUCUUCCAGCUGGUUCAAACCUGAAAUUAAAGACCAAACUGCUGUGCACUGGGGGGUCAUAAAUGUAUUUUUCAUAUACUCUGUAAGUUGCAAAUCAAUAAAAUAAAUUUAGCUCUGAAGCAAAUUUAUUCAAACUAUAUUAUAUUUAUGAGCCUAUAACAUUUUGUAGCUAUACCUACUGUAGCUCUUCCUUAUCAGUGCGGGAAUUGGUAAUGUGUGUUAAAACCACUUCAUUCAGCAGUGUGAUGUGUUAAUAUUUGAUUCUUCUUUAUUUUUUAUUUAGAUAUUUAAAUGCAGCUGUUUUCUCUUUCCCUACUUUAUACCCAGGCCUGUGAAAUAAGACAAAAUAGGCCGGCCCAAUGCUGUAUGUAUGAGAUUGUGCUUCAUU